AUGGCCUUUCAAAUCUCUGCGCCGCUGCUACAACACAGCGACGACGGCAACACCGUGAUGGAAACCCCAGAUCAAGAGGGUCGAUCUAAGGAAGAUGUUAGAGAAUUGAAAGGCGGUCGUUAUUCACGGGCUCAGCCCGCAAAAGCUCGAACUACCGACGCACCUGCCCAAGGAAUCGACGGAGCAGUUCUCGAUAUAACUUGGGCUCUUACGUGCCUCAAUCUGCCGAUGCUUGUGUUGACAGCUAUCUUUAUCGGCCUCGUAUAUGCUUACGAGGUUUCCAACGGUCCCGAGUCUUCCGAAAACUUGCUAGGAGUUGCGUCCCUGGGAGACAACUCGGCAUAUUUCGUUGAUUAUAGUGCCACACGGUUGAUCACGGUUUCGUCCUGGACAAGCACUGUCACAUCGCUCACCUCGACGUUUGUCAUGGCCCUGAUCUCUUAUCCUCUCGCAAAGGACUACAUCAGAAGGUCGAACUUGGGACAGACCGAGUCUCUUCCUACAGUCUAUCAGUUCAAGUUGAUUAUAGGUCUCCUCGGAGGGGGGUAUGGACCUUUAUGGUCAUGGUUUCAGUAUUGUUUCUGGAAAAGACGAAGCAAGCAGACCAGGCUCCUGUGGAUGGUCGUUGCAAGUCUUUUGGCAGCAACUGUUUUGAGUAUCGCUAUCCUCGCGGUUGACACCUGGCUCCAUGUCACUACGUCUACAGUGGACUUUGACAUAAUGUCACCACCAGCUCUCACGCCUGUCUCGAGUUACGGCCGUGGCCUCAUACCCCUUUGUUACAACCAAACUUGGACAGCGGGAGAUAUCAACCAGUGCAUAGGCGGCUUGCAACUGCCGGGGUCCAUUCACUUCGACAGUGCUUCAGAGGCGACUCGCACCUCAAUGAACCUUUCCUCCGUCAACGCCGUCUUGACUAGUACCGUGAAGAACAAACAUUUCGCUUACCUCACUUCAGCGCAACGAAACUCGAGUCUCGAUUUCCGAGCCCGAACUUACGCAAUGAGUACUACAUGUGCUCCAGCCAGCAAAGCCUGUCAUCUUCAACAGAUCCAAUGGUGCAACCUUGAAAACGGUUGUGCCCUGGGCCAAGUCCAGUUAACUCUGGGGAUGACAUACAACUGCAGCUCAAAUCUCUACGGAGACAUGAAUAACAACACCGGCUCCAGUUUCAUGUCGGGAAACGGCAGUUCGGACGGGACGAAGAGCAACAUUGGCUUCUUCCUGCAGAUGUUCAGGCAACAAGAAUUUUCGGACCCAAUCGGGACUGUUGAUGGGCAGAUGGCGACCCCAAACCCAUUCUACUUUGCAGUUGGUGCUCGAGUGGCCACUUCGGACGCACUAUCCAAGGAUCCAGAAGCCAUCGAGGAUACCGACCAAUACAAUUAUGCCUUCAUUUUCGCAUGUACUUCUACCAUCUAUGAACUUGAGUACACGUCCGUCGACGGUAAUGUGGUGGAUGGGAAUUACACCAGAGCGAACGAUACCCUGUCCAAUAAUGCGGGCUGGACUCUUCUCCAAGGCCGACCGCUUGCCCAGAACGCCCUUGAAUCCGCUUUCUUCAGCGGGGCUCAACAGGUCAACACAUCUCAAGCAUUCGCAGAUUUCUUCGCCCAACAAUUCAGCAAGACUGCAGUGAGCAUGAUUGCCGGAAUCACAGAUGGGAGAUUAAACACUGCAGAGCAAACGAGACAAAGUCGACUGGUCACCCGUCUUCCGAAAGCCCCCUUCUUUGCUUUAAUCAUUCUGAAUCUGCUAUAUGCCGUACUUAGCAUGCUACUGGCUGGCAUGGCUUUAGCUAGUCAGCCUAGGAAGACACGCAAUAUUCAAGCACGGCUAAGCAUCGCCGGGUUGGUGGCUGCUUUGCUGGAACCGGCAUCCGUGCAGCGUGCAUCUGGCUCCAAGGGAGGCGGCACCGGAAUUGAAAGUCUCUUUGCCGAGUACUAUAAUGAUGGCCAGCAUGAUGACGACAGUCGAGUCAUUCUGGUAGAUUCUGAUCCUGGAAACUGUGUCUUCGAGAAGAUAUCGAUGCAAAGUGACGUGUUUGAUGACAAUUCUACCAUCCAAGUGUCUCAGAGAGUCGGUGGCCAGCCUCUCGUUCAUCCCGUCGGCGCGAGCUGGUUGCCCGAAGAAGGACCACAGGGAACAGCGACAGCAGCAUAUGCUGGCUCUUUGGCUGGCAGGGGCAGCAGAAGACAACCAAACCGCUCAAGUUGA